AUGCCGAUCGAGUCUCUGGAGCUGGAGCUGCACGGCACGCCUGUGCUGGGUUCCAACUUCCAGGCCCCAAGGCGCUUCACAGUCCUGGAGGCGGUGGGCCAGGGUGCCUAUGGCGUGGUCUGCUCGGCCAGGGAUGAGCACACGGGAGACACUGUCGCGAUCAAGAAGAUCGAGAGUGCUUUCGAUGACAUCACCUUCGCCAAGCGGACGUUGCGGGAACUCAAGAUCCUUCGGCACCUCCGGCACGAGAACCUCAUAGACAUCAGGUAUGUCUUCUUGCCCGGUUUGAAAUCAAGCUUUGAGGACAUCUAUGUCGUAUCCGAGCUCAUGGAGACGGACCUGGCUUCAAUUUUGAAGAGCCCCCAGCCGCUCUCUGAUGAGCACUGCCAGUUUUUCAUAUAUCAGAUUCUUCGUGGGCUCAAGUUCAUGCACUCAGCCGGUGUGAUACAUCGAGACCUCAAGCCGCGGAACUUGCUUGUGAACAGCAACUGUGACCUCAAGAUCUGCGACUACGGGUUGGCGCGGCUUGCGAUGAGCAACGGCGACUUCCGGCCCCUCACAGAGUACGUUUGCACCCGGUGGUACCGGGCGCCUGAAGUUCUCUGCUCCUGGGCGGACUACGGACCAGCCAUCGACAUGUGGUCGUUGGGGUGCAUCUUUGCGGAGAUGCUGAGGCGUCGGCCGCUGCUGCCCGGGAAGAACACACAGCACCAGCUGCAGCUCAUCAUCCAAAAUCUGGGUUCCCCGGAUGCUUCCGCCUUGAACAGGAUCAACAACGAGAAGUGUCGAAAGUUCAUUGAGUCUCUACCUCGCACCCAGGGCCGUGCGGCCCUCUACGAAGCCGUAGGACCGGUGCCACCCUUGGUGCUGGAACUCCUGGACUGCACGCUCCAGUUCAAUCCCGAUCAUCGGGUGACCGUGGAGCAGGCACUUGCCCUACAGUAUCUGGAGCAGCUGCACUGUCCAGAGGACGAGCCCUCGAGCGCAGCGCUUGACCUGAGCGACUUCGAGUUCGAGCGCCGAAAGAUUGAUCUGGCGGCCCUCCGUGAGGAGAUAUUCCUCGAGGCGCUGCGCUACCACCCAGAGGUGCAGCAGAGGUACAAGCAGGAACAGGUGCAAUUGGGCACCGCGUACGACAUCGGUGCGUACCGGCUGCUCGCGCCGGGUGAGUCGCAGUACGACGAGGACGAGGCAGCAUGA